AUUGAUGCGGCGGGACGCGGACGCGCACACACCGGCUGACUGAUCGGCUCCUCCGCGGUCACUUCAGCUAACGAUGUGGAAGAUCUGCGGUGUCCUGCUCGUUUUGCUCCGACUGCACGUGCAAGCUCAGUCCCAGAGCAGACAGAGCUUCACGUGUGGUGGGAAUAUCACAGGAGAGUCGGGUGUUAUCGGCAGUCAAGGUUAUCCUGGCGUCUAUCCGCCCAAUACGAAAUGUGUGUGGAGAAUUACUGUCCCAGAAGGCAAAGUGGCCGUCCUCACAUUUCGUUUCCUGGAUUUAGAGAGUGACAACCUGUGUCGGUACGAUUACGUGGAUGUUUACAGUGGGCACGGCAAUGGACAGCGUCUCGGCCGCUUCUGUGGGACGUUCAGACCGGGAGCCCUCGUUUCCACAAGCAACAAAAUGCUCAUGCAGAUGGUGUCCGAUGCCAAUACAGCUGGCAGCGGCUUUCUGGCUGUGUACUCUGCUGCCAACCCAAACGAACGAGGAGAUCAGUACUGUGGUGGGAGAUUAAUGAAGCCAUCAGGAUUCUUCAAGACCCCUAACUGGCCGGAGAGAGACUAUCCUGCUGGAGUCACAUGCUCUUGGCACAUAGUAGCACCAAAGAACCAGAUUAUAGAGGUGAAAUUUGAGAAGUUUGAUGUGGAGAGGGACAACUACUGCCGUUAUGAUUACGUAGCCAUUUUUAACGGUGGAGAAAUAAACGACGCUAAAAGAAUUGGGAAAUAUUGUGGAGACACGCCACCAGCACCCGUAUUCUCCGAGGGGAAUCAACUCUUCAUUCAGUUCCUCUCAGAUCUCAGUUUAACAGCGGAUGGAUUUAUUGGUCAUUAUAAAUUUAGACCCAAAAAGUUUCCCUCCACAACCGUUCCACCAACCACGACAGCUCCACCCACUACCACCAGACCCACACCUUUGAAGUAUUCUGCAGCGCUGUGUCAACAGAAAUGCAAACGGAAGGGAACCCCUGAGAGCCACUACUGUUCCAGCAACUUUGUGAUUACUGGAACUGUUAUCACUGCUACAACCCGAGGAGGUAGCAUGUAUGCCACUAUCUCCAUAAUCAAUGUCUACAAAGAAGGUAACCUUGCUAUCCAGCAGGCAGGCAAAACCAUGAGCACAAAGAUUGUCAUCCUUUGCAAGAAGUGUCCGUAUGUCAGACGAGGUUUGAACUACAUCUUCAUGGGCCAGGCGGAUGAGGAGGGUCGAGGAAUGAUCGCACCCCAUCAUUUCAUCAUGGCUUUCAAGGCCAAAAACCAGAGGACCUUCAACUUGCUGAAGACCAAACGCUGCUGAGCUCAUAGGGACAAUCUUUGGUCUCAAAGUCCACACAUGGUUGUGUGAGGUCUUCAUAUUUGCCCUGCAUGUCCCAACAUCCUUCAUCGCCCUUUCCAGAGGAGGUCGAGGACUGUAUGGCUUAACGGUUGGGCUCUUUUUGUUCCUACUUCUCUUCUUACUGUUGGGUUGAACAUCAACAUAGCAGCAAGAGCGGAAGUGUUCAUGACAGGUGAAGAAAAAUAGAAUGUAAACAUUAAGAUUAUGAUCGCAGGUAUUUGUAAGAUAUUUGAUCCCAUAGCAAAGAUAGACAAGCCGAAUGCAAUAAACUGGUAGCACGCCUUUGCUGUCUUUUGAAAUGAUGUUGGAUGAGUUACUCCUUGUCUAUAAAAUAUUUUGAUAGAAAGGGAUUCCUAGUUGUGAAUGUUAAAUUAUAAAUUAUUUGUUAAUGAGAUGAAAAAUAAAUUUCAUCGUUUAAAGUCUU